AUGCAUCCGUUUGCUAUUCAAUUUGCUUAUCAACAUACCGGUCGAGUCAUGAAGAAGACUGAGUCCACACCUGAAGAAGAUGAUGAUCAAGAGCUGGACAUUGAGCCGGUUACUGUAACGUGGGAGAAUGUUAAAGUAACCUCGAAGGCUGGUAGAAAUAUUCUCAACAAUGUCAGUGGAAUCGCGCUGCCAGGAGAGACUUUGGCUUUGAUGGGUGCUAGGUAAGUUGCUGUAACUUGAUGAAUGGUAUUUGGGUUACUGUAACUUUGAUGGGUGUUAUAUGAUUUACUUUAACAAUGGUAAGAGUUAGACAGGCUUCGGCGACAAUAUAAGUAGAAUCUUUUGUACUGUAAAUUUUACAUUUACUGUAACUUUAGUGUGUUUUUAGGUUACUUUUUGCUUUUCAAGGAUUACUUUAUCAUAAACUUUACUUUUCCUCAAUAAAUGUUUUUCUUACUGUAAUUUAAAUUUCAGUGGCGCCGGUAAAACCACUCUACUGAACACAUUACUCCAACGUAACCUCAAAGGCCUCAAAGUAACUGGCGACAUACUCUGUAAUGGCCACGCGUUGAAGCGCAGUGUAACCUGUAUAUCCUCGUAUAUUCAACAAGAGGACAUAUUCGUGGGCACGUUGACAGUACGAGAACAUUUGAUGAUACAAGCCAUGCUCAAGAUACCCAGAAGUACUGGUGCUCAAAGGAGGAAGAAGGUCGACGAAGUGUUGGUCGAGUUAGGCCUAAAAGACAGUGAAAACUCGGUAAUUGGCGUGACCGGAGUAAAGAAAGGUAUCUCAGGAGGUGAAGCGAAGAGGUUGGCAUUCGCUGGAGAACUUUUGUCAAAUCCGUCGAUUUUAUUUUGCGAUGAACCGACCACUGGACUGGACUCGUUUAUGGCCGCACAAGUGGUUACGGUACGUUUUGAGUUUUAAGGUAUCUACCUUAUUGUACCCUAUUCUUUUUAAGUUAUAUAAAUAAAUUAUAUAUAUUUACAGACAUUACAUCAUUUAGCAAGGAAUGGCAUGAAGACGAUCAUCUGCACCAUCCACUCUCCAGCUGCCGAAGUUUUUGAAAAAUUUGAUAAAGUAAGGCAGUAACUCUUGUGAUUAUUAAUGCUACCUAUUAUUUGGGUCAAAAAGUGUCAUAAAAUAAUAUUUUUUUGUAAAAAAUCAGUUAAAAUUAUAGGUAAUGUUCCUGGCCGGAGGUCAAGUGGCAUACCUUGGUCCACCAGAAGGAUCCUAUGGUUACUUUGCGAGUAAAGACGGCAUCAUUAUACCACCGAAUUGUAACGCAGCUGAUGUCAUCAUUCAUCGAUUGGCUGUAAAUCCGGCAAAACGAGAAGAAUCCAAAAAGAUUAUUGCCAAAAUUUGUCAAAAUGUAAGUUUUUAUACCUAAAACACCAAUAUUGUUAUGGUUGUUAUUAGAAAAAUAUGUUCUAACCGUCUCUUCAUAGUUUAAGACACGAUAGGUUAUGUAGUUUAUAUAUACCUUACCUAAUCACAAAGAAAAAAACUUGGUUUAUGCUGGUGAGUAGUAAUGAUAAUCGUGGUGAAUCUAUAUUAUACUAGCCAUAAAUUGUUAAAUAAGUAGUGUUUUUAAAGCCCAAAGUAUUCUUUUCAGUACCUAAACUCGGACACAUACAAUGAUAUUAAAGCAGCGAUCGAUGCCAACAGUACAGCACACCCUAGACCAUUGCGCGGUAAAGUUGGAGCACCUAUCUUUAUGAUCAUGUUUGCCUUGUGGAAGAGAUGUGUCAAAGAUGUCUUUAGAAAUCCAGGCCUAGCUAGGGCCAAACUAGUACAAAAAGUUUUCAUGGGACUUUUUUUGGGAUUACUGUACUUAAACUCGGAUAUUAAUCAGGUACGGUGUUAUUAUAUGUUAUUGACUAUAUAUUAUUAUACAUUAUAGAAUAUAGAGUAUGUUAUAUUAAUUUACAAGGUAUAUGUUAACCACUUUUUAGACCUUGAUUUCCGAAAAAACUUAGUAUACCUUAAGCUACUGUACUAAAUGUUUUUUAUAUUACCCUACUUCAUAAAAUAGAGCAUGGCACUGUAAAUCAAUAUUGUUUUAGGACGGAGUAAUGUCACUGAAAGGAGCCUUGUUCUACUACAUUGCCGAGUUGACAUAUGCUACUAUCUUCGGCAUUCAAUCGUUUGUACCUAAAGCAUUCCCACUAUUAGCUAGAGAGUACCAUGAUGGUAUAUACCCUGUUUGGUGCUACUACGUUUCCGUGGUAUGUUAUCUAAGUCAAUCUUGGUAACCCUACAAUUAUUUUUGUCGUAUGACAUAUUAUAUGUGUCAAACCCUCAAAACUUUAAUAAAUUUUGUAAAUUUGGUCCCCUUUUUCUCUAUUACAAAGAUGAUUAAUAUAUCUUUUAGAUCCUUGCCUACCUACCUCUCUUCACAUUGGAUGGUAUCAUAAUGGUGACGAUCAGCUACUGGAUGAUGGGUCUCCAACGAGAAGCUCUACAUUAUUUCAAGUGCAUCAUGACAACCGUACUUAUUCAAUGGUCGGCUGUGAGUAUUGGCAUCAGUAUCAGCUCGGCCUCACCGUCCUAUGCGGUAGCUGUGUCUGUAGCCGGUCCUUUGCUUACUGUAUUCUCGAUGGUAGGAGGAUUGUACACAAAUGUUGCUAAAAUGCACUGGUUUGUCAGGUGGAUUCAGUACUUGAGUUGGUGAGUGAGAAUAUCGAAUUUUAGACUUUUGUAGGCCUAAAUUUGAAAUUUUAAAAUUAAUUUUGAAAAUGAAGUCUGUUUAAUUGGUAAUUAAUUUAUUUUUACAAUUUCAGGUUCCGAUUUGGCUACGAAUCUCUGAUCAUCAACCAGUUCGAGGACUAUGGCGACAUUCCUUGCGAAGGCAUCGGCGGCAAGAACUUAACGUACUGUGAAAAGGACGGAAUGGCAGUGAUCGACAACCUCUACUUUGAUGUACAGAAUAUGUGGUUCAACGAAAUAUGCAUGGCUCUUUACAUUGUCGGAGUUUACCUCAUCGGCUACAUUGGCCUUACUAUUCGGGUUAUAUUGGCUAGAUGA